GGCCGCCCCAAGCACCUGCUUGCUAAGCUGGUGCCUGGAGCCGGCCCUGGACAGGCGGAUAGAUAGUGGGGCGGACAUUGGGACAGGAGGAAUAUUUACAGAUCAAAGUGCUCCUGGAGGGGAAGCAGGGAGCCAGUCACCGGAGGGGUAGAGGCCUCCUUUGCGGUGGAUUAAGGGAACAAGAGAACAGAGGGGGUCAGGCCCUCCAGCACCAGGAGAGAAGUAAAGAGCCCAAGAGGCAGGGAGUGAAGCUGCCCCCCUUGCCCGCCCCCCUGCACCAUGGGCAAGGACUACGACGAUUUCCAGUCACUCGAGCCGGACGAUGGGACCUGUGCCCCGAGCGGGAGAGCGUUCCCGCCCCGGCACUGGGGCUGGCAGCGUCUCUGCGCCUCCCCCCGGCCGCUCCAAGCCCUGCUGGCGCUGUGCGUCGGGCUCAGCAUCGGGACCAUCGCGCUGGCUGUCAGCAACUCCAGGCUGGGCGCGGAGCAGCAGGGGACGCGGGGGGCGCUGGCCAGCGUGAACCAGAGCCUGAGCGCAGAGCUCGAGGGGAUGGCUCGGAGCGUGCACAUCUUGCAGGACAAGCUGACCCAUGUGGCCGGGUCCCUGGAUAAAGCAAAGGAAAAUUCAAUCCAAGCUCAGCAGCAGCUGGAGGAGCAGGUCGGGGUGCUGCGGGACUCUCUGAACUCGCUCAACUGUGACUUGAUCGAACUGAAAUCCAACGGGAGCCGGGCCGGGUGCUGCCCCAGGGGUUGGCUGCGCUUCGGGGACAGCUGUUACUGGUUCUCCGGCAAGCAGAAGACCUGGGAGGAAUCGAACCUGUACUGCAAAGCCCAGAACUCCCACCUGGUCGUCAUCAACACACAGGACGAGCAGCUGUAUAUGCAGCAGGAGACGGUCCCUUUGUACACCUGGAUCGGUUUGUCCAAUAAAAGCGGCCGGUGGCAGUGGGUCGACGGUUCCGUCUACACCAUGGACACCCGGGAGUGGAGGGCAGGCCAGCCCGACGAAUCGGACGGCCACGGCCUCGGGGGCGGGGAGGACUGCGUGUACCUGCACGACGACGGGCUCUGGAACAAUGCGCAGUGCUCCCGCCGCUACCGCUGGGUGUGCGAGGAGGAACUCAAGGGUUAAGGCCGGCCGGGGGUGGAUCCAGGCCUGGGAAGCCAA